AUGUCGGGCGGCGAAAACGCCAUUGCCGAGGAGCGCAGGCGGCAGGUCUUUGCCUUUAGGGAUGCCCUGACCGCCCUCGACAAGGAACACCUCUUCUUCCGCUGGAUCGAGAUUGUUCAGUUUGAGAGCACGCGGCCCGGUGGCUUCGGACCCGAAAAACAGACUGAAGUAGCGACCAAGAUCCGCGAGCUGUUCACCAGCGAAGGUGUCAACUUUGACGAGCUCUGGGCCGAGACGGUUGGGUCCGAUAGCAUCGUCGGCAUGUAA